CUGUGAGACGGUCGUAUCGUGACAGUUCAUCAAACUCGGAGAAAUUCCAUAGUGUUUUUUCUGCUUUGGGGAGAAUUUUCCUGAGAUUUAGCACGAAUCCUGACGAGGAGCAGCCAUUUAAUGUGCAUACUGUGCAAGAGUGUGCUGUACGGGAGACUUUGUGCUACCGGUGGAGAGUGCUAGUGUGGAUUUGAGCGGACAAGAGUGCAUCAGAGGAAAAGUGACGGCAGGACAACAGAAAUGAACUCGGCACCGUCAACGGAGCAGGUUUAUCAGGGCGUUUACGCCUUCUACAAUAAUUCCAACACACUAGAGCAGCAAAAGGCAUCGCAAUGGCUCAACGAGCUGCAGAAAUCGGUCUACUCGUGGAAAAUAGCCGAUGAAUUGCUCCAGCAGAAGCGCGAUUUGCAGUCGUGCUACUUUGCCGCCCAGACGAUUCGUAGCAAAAUCCAAAAUUCCUUCCAUGAACUCCCCGCGACGGCCCAUGAGAGCCUCCGGGAGUCCCUCAUGAGCUACAUUAGUCAGAUCACGGCGGAAACGGAUGCGGUGAUUGUGACGCAGUUGUGCUUGGCGCUCUCGGAUCUCGCUCUGCUCAUGUCCACGUGGCGGAAUCCCGUGAUGAGUCUCCUGGAGCGCUUCUCGGCCUCGCAGGACAAUUCAUGGCCGCUGUUGGUCAUUCUGACACUCCUUCCCGAGGAGAUCAACUCACGCUACCUGCGCCUGGGCAAGAACCGGCGGACGGAGAUCCAUGCUGAGUUGAAGAAGGACUCGAGGACGGUGCUGGAAUACCUUCUGGCGUGCCUCCAGACGGGUGGCCACGAGCCAGCCACCCAGAUGCGCACCAUCAAGUGCUUUACAUCGUGGCUCAGUAUCCAUGCGAUUGAGCUUUGUGAUAUUAGGGAGAACAUUAUCGUGGGCCUCAGCUUCCGCCUCCUGCUCGCCAACGAGACGAGCGUGCAGCUUCACGAGGUAGCGGCCAAUUUUGUGUGCACGCUUCUGCAGUGCUUCGAGACGAAUAACACGGCACCGGAACUCGAGGCGCAAAUCUUUACGGCUAUUACGACGCUAGAGGAGGCCUAUAACAUGUCUGUGGCACAGGAGGCGAUCGACAAGACAGUCAAUUACUGCCGUAUCUUCACAGUCCUCGGCGAGACUUUCCUGGAGCGGAUGCUCAACAACACCACCGACUUCUCGCCUCACUACUCCAUCAAGGCCCUCGAUCUCGUGCUCAACUGCGUCGGGCAUUACGACUACGAGGUGGCCGAGAUCACCUUCAAUCUCUGGUUCCGCCUCAGCGAGGAUCUCUACAAUCGCUGCAAUGACAGCCUCACGGAUCACUUUAAGCCUCACAUAGAGCGCUUGAUUGGGGCUCUUGUGCGUCAUUCGCAGAUGGAGCCCGAUCACGAGGGACUGAUCGAGGAGGGCGAUCUCUUCAUGGACUUCCGGCGCAAGGUGUGCGAACUGACCAAGGAUGUGGUGUUCAUCGUGGGCUCCAGCCACUGCUUCAAACAGAUGUUCUUCUCUCUCCAAGGCCCCAAUGUGACGUGGGAGAGCAGCGAAGCUGCCCUGUUCAUCAUGUCCGCCGUGGCAAAGAACAUUCUCGUGGAUGAGAACGAAGUGGUGCCCAAAGUUGUGGAGGCUAUACUCAAUUUGCCGGAGAAUACUCACAUCGCCGUCCGGUACACGUCGGUCGUGCUGCUGGGAGAGCUGUGUGAAUGGAUCGAACGCCAUCCGGAGUCUCUGCAGGCCGUCCUCAAUUUCCUCCUCUACUCGCUGCAGCAAAAGUCAGGCUUGCCCGCCGCCGCCGCCACUUCGCUCCCGUCCAUCUGUUCUGCCUGUCGAGAUCAUAUGACGUGCCAUGCCAGUGGAUUGCUCCAGAUUGCCAACAGUCUCGACAGCUUUGAGCUGAGCAACGACUCGGCCAUUUGCCUGCUGAAGGGCAUCUGCAUUGUCCUGUCGCGUCUGCCCAGUGCAGAGAUGACCAAGGCAGUGAAGGAGAUCUGUGGCCAUCAAUUGACGCCACUUUGUCAAUUGCUGGAGUGCGACGUGAAGGCGGAACGGGGCAAGAGUUCCGAUCCAGUGUUCUGGAUCGAUCGCCUCGCGGCUAUCAUGAGGCAUAGCAAUCCUAUUCUGAGAAUGAACGAGACUCAUCCGAUGCUGAGUAUCCUGGAAGAGAUCUGGCCGGUGAUGAGCAAUGUGUUUGUGAAGUACCAGGCGGACCUCAGAAUCAUGGAGAGGACAUGUCGAUUCGUUCGCUAUGCCAUCAGAUGUGUUGGCAAGCAGGCAACCCCCAUUCUGGAGCCACUGGUGAAGCAAAUGGUGCAUCUCUACGCCAUGUACCAGCACACCUGCUUCCUCUAUCUUGGCAGUAUUCUCGUGGAUGAAUUUGCCAAGAACUCCUCCUGCACUAAAGGUCUCCUCGAUAUGCUUCAGACCUUCAUAGAGCCCACAUUUCAGCUGCUCCAAGUGGAGAAUGGCUUGCGAAAUCACCCAGACACUGUUGACGAUUUCUUCCGGCUUUGCUCGCGAUAUCUUCUGCGAUCGCCUGUGGAAUUCCUGCAGAGUCCAAUGAUCACUCCCAUCAUCCAGUGCGCCUUGCUGGCGUGCUCCCUUGACCACCACGAUGCCAACAUAUCGGUGAUGAAGUUCUUCCUGAAUCUCCUGCACUGCGGCCGAGAGGAGGAGGACGAAGUGAUGCAACUCCUCUUGCACGACAUUGUGGCUGCCAAUGGCGAGGCUCUGAUGAUGAACCUCGUGCACGCGUCGGUAUUCUGCCUGCAGUCUCAUCGACUGUCGGAUGUGGCGGACGUGAUGGUGGAGUUGAAGGUGGUGGACGAGGAGAGAUUCAGUCUCUUCCUCAGGAGUGCGCUCAACGCGUUGCCCAAGAAGAACAGCGGAGGUUGCAUCACAAUGACGGAAGCGCAGCUUAAGGUGUCGCAUCAAUUAAUAACGGGAUCUGAAACUCCCAAAGCAGUGACGCAUGCUUUGAAAGAUUUUGUGAAACUCUAUCGAUAAAGAACAUUGAAGAGUCAGAGUUACGGAAUUUUGAGUGUGUCUCCCUAGAAGAGCA